UGGGCAGGAAAAAGAAACUUGUGAGAAAUCAAAACUGCACAGCAGAGCUGGUCACAAAGAAGAGCCCACUGUCCAGACUCUCAGCGUGUCCCACAUCAGCACGAUGAGCCACACAACCCAGACUGUCUUCUCUCAGGCCAACGUCGGCCUGCCCCCAAACUACGAGAGACUCCAGGAAGAACAUGAGGUUACUGUGCUAGGGGGCACCCACAGCCCAGUUCCCGCAACCUCCACUGUGAUCAACAUCCGCAGUGACAUUGCUGUGCCUGAUCACGUGGUCUGGUCCCUCUUCAACACGAUCUUCAUGAACACAUGCUGCCUGGGUUUCAUAGCCUUUGCCUACUCCAUAAAGUCUAGGGACAGGAAGAUGGUGGGCGAUGUGAUUGGGGCCCAGAGCUACGCCUCCACCGCCAAGUGCCUGAACGUCAGCGCCCUGGUCUUAAGCAUCGCUCUGACCAUCAGCCUCAUCAUUGUGUUUUCCUUCACCUCCGUGCAGUUGUCCAAGGCGAUAUAUGACUCUCAGGGCCACUAGUCCUGCGGUUUCUGUCCCUCCACAACUGCCCUGGCCCUGGGCUGGGUCCUGCCCUUCACUCCACACCCUGACCAGCUGUCCACAAUUGGGAUCAAUAAAGUGUGCAUGUUCCUAC